AUGGAGAGAUACCUCAAGAAGAAACGAAUUGCUGAUCGACUUUUGAAUUUCGCCAUCGACGACACCAUGGACCGCAACGACCAGAUCUCACUAGAGGACCUCUUGGUCGACGAGAGAGAGAGAUGCCGAAAAAUGACAUCCAGGAUCUAUAUCCAGCGGAAGUUCAACGUUCGGAUGAAGUACACGACCGAGGACGACUUCGAGAACAUCGACCUGAAGGACUUCGAGAUUCUGGACAAGGACCUCACGAUCAUGAUCUUGUUCCACUUCAACCUGAUCUACCUGAACCUUCUCAUGGAGCACUACGUGGACAAGUACAACAAGAACCUGAUGAUCUACAACAUGGACAAGAACAACCUUCGGGACAAGGAGAAGCACCUGACCCUGGAAAGAGACUCCCAGGAGGUGAUGGAUGCAGCUCGACAGUUUACCUGCACGGCAUGUCAACGGAACCGUACGGUUCGACCAGCCAGACGCGCUGCACCACCACGAGAGUUAGAUGUCAACGAGGUGGUUGGAAUCGAUGUCAUCUGGCUACCAACUGAGAAUGGAAAAUCGCAACCAGCUUUGAACUGUAUCGACUGGGCUACUCACUUCCAGAUGAUGAUCCCAAUGGCUGACAAGAAUCCAAACUCUCUCAGAGAGGCAUAUCGACACUGGCUCCGAUUUUUCGGACCACCACAAACUUUGGCUUCCGACUUGGGUCGGGAAUUCGAAGGCGUUUUUGCCUUAAGAGCUGAAACCGAUGGCACCUACAUCGACCCAAGCUCUGUUGAAUCGCCCUACCAGCGGGGCAUCACCGAGAGGGCUGGAAAGACAUUCAAGCUGAUGCUCUCUAAGGCCAUGCAAACUUAUGAUUGUCGAGAUCGAGCUGAAUGGCGCGAACUGGUGGCCAUUGUCAACUACCAGAAGAACCGACUGUUGAUGAGAAAUGGAUACUCGCCCAUUCAAAGGGUCAUUGGCUUCAGCCCGAAGCUUCCUGGUGGAAUGAUGAGUGGUGAUGCAGCCAAUCGAAGCAUCAGUGACAAGGAACGUCUUGGAGACCUUGGCGUUGUCAGAGCCAUGGCGAUGAGGAAAGCAGCGGCCAUAGCCUUCCACAGUACCGAAUGUGAAGAUGCCUUGAGGAGAGCAAUCUCUUCAGGACCUCGACCUUUCUCCAAUUUCGAAGUUGGAGAGAUGGUCUACUUCUGGAGAGUUGGACAAGGAGCAGCACAUCAGACAGCACCAGCUUACUGGCACGGACCUGCUCGCGUCGUCAUGCUGGACCAACCAACGACAGUGUGGCUGGCAUACCAAGGAAAGCUUGUGAAGGCUUCCCCAGAAAGGAUCCGAAGAGCCUCAGAAGAGGAACAACUCACCUUGACUGGAUGGAUCGAUGACCUGGUCCAUACUCGAGACAUGUUUGAGAAGACUCCGAAGAGAGGAUUUCUCGACAUCACUUCAGAUCCUCUACCACCUGAAGAGGAGUUUGAGAUUGCGGACAAGGACUCUGAAUAUGAGCCAUCAAUUGCGGCAACCGAGGAGUUAGCUCUACCUGCUGCAGAACCUGAACGAGUUCAAUGGCAAGGACCUCUACCACCAGUGAAUCGACGACUACGACAGAAGACGAUGGUCCGCGAGACGGAAGAGAUGGACGAGCCGAUGGAGGGCGAACCUGGACUUCAAGAAGGUGAUAUCGAACCUGGCGACCAUCCUCCUGAAGAACCUCUUCCACAGGAAACCGUCCAUGAUGACGACCGACCUGGAGCAGAAAAGCGAACCUACGAUGAAGAGAUCGAGGAGGAGCCGGUUAGCAAGAGGAGCCGACUCGAAUAUCUGGAGGUCUUCGAGUUGAAGGUCAACAAUCUUCUGAAGGCGAAGCAGAACAAGGAGAUCCGGUUCCAGGAACUCAGCAAGUUCAACAAAGAAUGUUUCGGCAAGGCGAUGAAGAAGGAGAUUGAGAAUAACCUGACCAUUGGAGCCUACGAACCACUUAGCUUGGAAGAGUCUGCACGAGUACGACAACAACAUCCUCUCAAGGUCAUGGAAUCCAGAUACGUCAUGACCGCCAAACCUUUGGAACCUAUGGAUGUUGAACCAGCCCAACAUGCUGGUCUACUUUUAGAAGGAGAUACUGCAGAGCCACGAAAAGCAAAAGUGAGACAUGUCAUGAAGGGUUUCAGUGAAACGGGGUCUGAGUUUCUGGACUCUACCACGCCACAGGUCACACGUGAUGCAGCAAUCCUGGUACUACAGCUCAUAGCCAGUUUUUGUUGGCGAUUGGGCUUCCUGGACUUUACUCAGGCAUUCCACUCAGGUGAUGCCAUCCAACGUCUUCUUUUUGCGGAACAACCACGAGAAGGAGUUCCAGGCUUGGUCCCAGGACAGUUGCUUAAGUUGCUCAAGACCUGUUACGGUCUUACGGAUGGUCCCUACGCAUGGUUCAAUCAUAUCAGGAGGGUCUUGAUCGAAGACCUCGGAUAUACUCAGAGCAAGGCUGAUCCAUGUGUAUUUUUCCUUUUCUCCGAUAGCAAUGGAGACAGAAAACUUCACGGUGUCAUUGGACUUGCCACCGACGACAUGAUUCAUGGAGGAGAUCAAUACCACUACGCCAAAAUGAAUGAGAUCCAGCAGAGAUAUAAACUCGGCAAGUUUCAGUAUGACGAAGGAAGAUUCUGCGGCAAAGAUAUCAAGAUGGACCCGAACGGCUCCAUCCUGAUCAAUCAGGCCAUCUUUGCCAAAGACAAGAUCACCGACAUUCCCAUCAACCGAGAAAGGAAGAAACAUCGAUACUCCUUUUGCGAUGAGGAGGAGAUCAGUCAGUUGAGAACCCUAUUAGGUUCCCUCUCCUGGCUUGCUAAGGAGACCAGACCUGACCUUGCAGGACGAGUUGCUCUACUACAACAAGCUAUGCCGACACCAAGAGUGAAGGACUUGGUCGAAGGAAACCUUUUAGCACAAGAAGCUCGACGCCAUGCAGAGUCUGGUAUCCGAGUAAUGCCGAUCAAGCCAAAGAACUUGCGGGUAGGCAUCAUCACCGAUGCUUCUUGGGGAAACGCCAAACAGCAAAGAUUCCUGGAGGAGUCAACUGAAGAUUUCUGGGAGGAGCAGAAAACAUGUUGGAUUCGUCACCAUCGAACACCAAGGAAUACUCUGUUCCAUCCGGCUGCUGCAGCGGGAGGCCCUGAUCUUCAUAGUCUACUACCAGAGCGGAGUACCUACAUGGAGUCCAACGAGCCGUACCUGGACGACUGGACCAAGAAUGACUCGAUCAAAAAUCCCAAGGAUAUGAUUUGGAGUGGCUUCACCAAAUUCUCAAAACAACCAGAAGGAGCUUUCCUGAAGUACGAGAAUAUCAAUGAAGUGUUUUUGCAGCUGCUGAACACCAGCAGUCAAGGAGGCAUGAUCACCAUGUUCUACGAUGCCGAUCUUGAGACCAAAGAAGAUCCCCAAAUGAUCACGAUCGCCAACUGGAAAUCCACUCGUUUGAAGCGAAAGACAGUAAACACACUGUCUGCAGAAUGCCAAUCCAUGGUGCUCGGAGUAGGAUCCGUACACUGGCACCGCUUCCUACUUCUGGAGGCCCUUGGACAUCAGUUGAAUAGUUCACAAUGGGAAGCUCAGUUGGCAGCCAUUCCAUACAUAGCUGUCACGGAUUCCCGAUCCCUCUAUGACUGCAUGAACAAGCUGGUAUGUUCCUACACCCAGACUGAGGACAAGAGAACGGCCAUCGACAUUGCCAUCUUGAAGGACGACUUGAAGAAGUCCGGUGGCCAUGCACGUUGGGUGGCCGGCAACAACAUGGUUGCCGAUGCACUGACCAAAAGAAUGAAGGGAGAUUUCCUUAGGGCUGUGUGUAACAAGGGUAAAUGGACUCUUACUCACCAUGGAAACCAGUUGCUCCGAUCGGAUUUCGAAAUUUUGUUAGCAUUUGCCGUAGCCUAA